CGCCAUGUUUAUCUCGCUUUUGUAAGUUUUAUUUUUUCAGGCGGCGGUCGUGCAGCUGGUUGGAGAUUUGGUUGCUUGUCGCUCGUCGCGUGGAAUUGGAGAGGAUGUCGAUAUCGGUAUGGGGUCAGGUGGUAGUUUAUGGUUUGUGCUCAGUGUCCCCGUCGACGUACGCCUGCGCUGCGCAUGCCAUGCCAGCCAAAAAUUUCCAGGCCGAGUUUCAUCCGCCGAGGCAGCGGGCGCCCCGCCAACCCCGCACUAAGCCGCUUCCAGCGACCGGCAGACACUGCAUCACGGCGUGGACCACGGUACGAUACGAGACCCUGGCACACCCUGCUUCGCGAAGUCAACCAGCGGUACGAUCGCGUCGUGUCGGAUACGAGGCAAUCUUUGGCUGCAUUCGAAUUGCUAUAUUGCAUCAAGUGAGCUGGUUGCGUCUUGAGCGAGUCUUCGCAGAAUCCAAGCUGGAUGCUCUCCUACACGCUUUCAAUAUACACAUACCUUCAUCACGGCACUCCACGAACCCUACGUAUCAGAAACACCAUGGCUAUCAACGCACAGAUAAUAUUAAGGGUAGCUACCAUGAUCGUAUCGAAUUCGCAACGCAACCGUCUAAAACUGCUCUUUCCCCAACCAUGCCUGAACCUAAACUUUUUGCAGAAACAGAUUAAAACCACAACCAAAAGAAAAACGGACGCAUCAUAACGCAACGCCAAAACCGGAUACAUUUCGUUCGAAGACACAAAGCUAGCGCGAUCUAUGCCUACAGAGUUAGAGUUCCGAGAGAACCAGAACCUUGCCCAACCCCCGAAGAGAGAAGUAGCGUGCGAACAACACGCGUACAGCAUAGCAUGCACAGUGGAGCCCCCGCGCCUGAGUAA